AUGAGCACCGCCGAACCACUUCUUUCCGGAGCUGCAGCACAGCAUGUCGGUAACGCCAUGGCCGCAGAAGCAGAGUCGCGCCUUGGCUCAUCCUUGGAUACUCUUAAAAAAUUCCGUCAAGAGAAGCUAUCCAACCUACGACCCCUGAGCGACUUUUUCGAUAAGAACAGAUUCAAUUUCACUACCUCAUUUUCAGAAAUCACCAAACGAUGGAACUAUAACUUGCAAUACUUUGCUGCCAACUACUCGCUCAUCGUCUUGGGCCUUGCCAUUUAUGCAGUAAUCACGAAUUGGUGGUUGGUGUUCACGAUUGGUUUCAUCUUUGGCGGUUUCUAUGUAAUCUCACGAUUGAAUGGUCCGUUGACAAUUGGUGGUACUACUAUUUCACCUUCAUCACUGUAUUCCGGAUAUGCCGGUGCAUCGUUGAUCCUGCUGCUCUUCUCUGGCGUAACGAGUGCAAUUUUUUGGAUUAUUGGCGCAGCUGCGAUUGUUGUUUUAGGCCAUGCCGCAUUGUUGGAGCCAGGUCUGGAAGGCGAAUUUGGUGCUGAUGCCCAAGUUUAA